AUGGGUUUCGGGGCUAUUAUGCUUAGGGAGUGUAUGGGUAGGGGUGCUUGGCAUAUGGGAGAGGGUUUGUGUGUUAAGGUUGUUAGGCAUGUGAGACUGAAAGACUCGGUAGCUUUGGUUGAGGAUGGUUAUGGGGAGGAAGAUGAGUGCUUGUACGGUGGUUAUGGUUGUUUUUGUCAAAAAAAGAAAGGGAGAAAAGGAGUAGCCAAGAUGGAAAUUGUUUGGUGA